AUGGCCAACACCACUGGAGAGCCCGAGGAGGUGAGCGGCGCACUAUCCCCACCGUCAGCGUCGGCUUAUGUGAAGCUGGUGCUGCUGGGACUGAUCAUGUGCGUGAGCCUGGCAGGCAACGCCAUCUUGUCCCUGCUGGUGCUCAAGGAGCGUGCUCUGCACAAGGCUCCUUACUACUUUCUGCUGGACCUGUGCCUGGCCGAUGGUAUACGCUCUGCCGUCUGCUUCCCCUUUGUGCUGGCUUCUGUGCGCCACGGCUCCUCAUGGACCUUCAGUGCGCUCAGCUGCAAGAUUGUGGCCUUUAUGGCUGUGCUCUUUUGCUUCCAUGCAGCCUUCAUGCUGUUCUGCAUCAGCGUCACCCGCUACAUGGCCAUCGCCCACCACCGCUUCUAUGCCAAGCGCAUGACACUCUGGACAUGCGCAGCUGUCAUCUGCAUGGCCUGGACCCUGUCUGUGGCCAUGGCCUUCCCACCCGUUUUCGACGUGGGCACCUACAAGUUUAUCCGGGAGGAGGACCAGUGCAUCUUUGAGCAUCGCUACUUCAAGGCCAAUGACACGCUAGGCUUCAUGCUUAUGUUGGCUGUGCUCAUGGCAGCCACACAUGCUGUCUAUGGCAAGCUACUCCUCUUCGAGUAUCGUCACCGCAAGAUGAAGCCAGUGCAGAUGGUGCCAGCCAUCAGCCAGAACUGGACAUUCCAUGGCCCUGGGGCCACCGGCCAGGCUGCUGCCAACUGGAUCGCCGGCUUUGGCCGUGGGCCCAUGCCACCAACCCUGCUGGGUAUCCGGCAGAAUGGGCAUGCAGCCAGCCGGCGGCUGCUGGGCAUGGACGAGGUCAAGGGUGAAAAGCAGCUGGGCCGCAUGUUCUACGCGAUCACACUGCUCUUCCUGCUCCUCUGGUCACCCUACAUUGUGGCCUGCUACUGGCGAGUGUUUGUGAAAGCCUGCGCUGUGCCCCACCGCUACCUGGCCACUGCUGUUUGGAUGAGCUUCGCCCAGGCUGCCGUCAACCCAAUCGUCUGCUUCCUGCUCAACAAGGACCUCAAGAAGUGCCUGAGGACUCACGCCCCCUGCUGGAGCACAGGAGGUGCACCAGCUCCCAGAGAACCCUACUGUGUCAUGUGA